CUGUCGCCGCGCGAGCAGGAUUCCGUCGCACGUGCGUGGCUGUCUAUCUCGAGAACCGCACGACCACGUGGUGCUCCCCUCGGAGGUUUUCGCCCGCUCUCGCGACAUCGUUGUACAUUGCGUGAUCGCGUGACGCGCUCGACAAACCGGGUCGUGCGUUUCGUCUCGUUGCGAUUCAAAUCGAAUCGACGACCGUACGACAUUACGCCCGCGCGCGCCUCGCGAUUGUUCGCGGUGUCGCGACGUCGGUCGUCGUCACCGUCGGGAGAGUUUCCGUGACCCAAAGGAUGAUCGCGCAAGUGUGAGAUUUGUGUGUGCUGUUCCCUUUGCCUCGAACCCACCGGCGGCUUGGUCUGACUGCGCGACGAGCCUUAUCGAGAGACACGUGAAUCCGGUAAAAUUGCGGACGGACGGACUUGGAGAGAAACGCGAGCGUGAAUUCGCACGAACGUGCGUCUAUCAGCGACGUCGAAUUUCAAAUUCGUCGGUCCUUUCGGAACCGGCGAGAGGAGGGCUGUCUGAGAAACUGAUGAAAGUCAAUCUGGGGAAAGCUUAGUUCCGUCAAGAAAUUGAUUCUUCUCGGCCGGUUGAUCCCUGAAAGACGACGCCGGUCGUCAGGCUGAAUCGCUCGAGGUCUGAUCGGGACACUCGACCGACUUCAGCGGAGCGGUAAAUUCCUUCUUCCGGAUCUUCCGCGAAUAUUCGACACGACGGCGAGAAGCGAGAGUGUAUCGACAGUGUAUUAUCGAGUGAACCGUCCGCGAGCACGUUCGUCCAAAACGCUAACUUUUAGGCGUCGAGACGCCGUAUCGUCCCUCGCGAUUCCGAGCUCUGGCCGACGGGAGAUGUUCCGAAAGUGUAGACCCCGGCAACGCGAAGAAAGCGACUUCCGGCCGCCCGACAUCCACAGAUAGCGCGCACGAUCGCGGUAGAGGAUCGAGAUCGGGGUGCGAAGGAUCCAGAUUCAAAGACGAGGAUAAUGACGGAGAAGAGUCGAGCGACCUCGAGCGAAGAUUCAUAGACGAAUCCCUAUCGAACGGGGUGGAUGAUCGUUCGAGGGCUAUUGGCAGAUUUAGGAAAGCGGAAUCCUUCCUCAAGAAGCUACUGAGGGAGAAUGUCAGUGAGAGGUGCGACAAGUUGCUGAGAGGCAUCCGAGAGAGCCAUUCGCCGAAGAGUAUCCAUAGUUUGAGCCCAAGGUCCGUACUCGAUAGUCCAGGGUCUAGGAAGAGGGAUGUUAAGGAUAGCCCUUUGUCACUGAAGAAGGGUAUUCGAGAGAGCCUGUUAUUAGAUAAUAAGAGUGAUCAGCAGAGUUCGAUAUCAGAGGAAAAAGAAGAAGGAGAAAAAGGAAGAGGAGGGGGAGGAAAGCAAAAAGAUACCAGGAUAAAUUUAAGGGAAGAUAUUCAGGGGAGUCCUUCGUCACCGGAGAAGAGUAACGGAGAAAGUACGUUAGUUGAAAGAAGCUCACCGGAGAAGAGUGAUCGAGCGAGCGCGUUGUCGCCAGAUAGUAGCGAUCAACGGCGUCUGUCGUCGGAAAAAGCGGGAGUCAGCGCGAAGAAGGAUAUUCAGGAGAAUUCGCCGUUGCUGAAGCAGAAUGAUCGAGCGAGCUCAUUAUUAUCGGGGAAGAAUAAUACUUCGAUUGGCCAACUAAUGCGAUUGACGGGAAAUGCUACUCAGGAGAAAGCAAAGUUCUUGCCGAAGGGUAUCCUCGAAGAGAGAAGCUUCUUGGUAAAGAAAGAUUUUGAGGGAACUUCGGAAGCUUGCCUCUUAGUUCGGAAGGCAGACAUUCCGCAACUGGCGGAAAAGACCGUUCAGGACAAUCCGCCAUCGACGAAGGACCUUUGUUCCUCGACUAUCAUUGAAGAAACGGGAGAUCGCGCGAAGCCCGUGGCGCCUUUGAGGCUGAAACGUACGACCGGGAGCAAUCGACCGACAGAUCGUGUUUCUUAUGGAUCGACGGUUGUUCACAGACGCCGUCUUUCAUCGGAAAAUUUGCAGUGGGCUCUUCACGGUCCUAAGAAAACGUUGCGGGAGCAACGCGAUCGCAAACUGAAGCGGUCGCCACCGCCAGAAGAAGAAAAGAAGGGAGGGGAAGAGGAGAAGGAGGAGGAGGAAAAAGAGGAGGAAGACUGGCCAGGUCGGGGGUCAGCGGAGCCCGAUAGCGGUGGGUCAACCGAUAAACGCGAUUCGAGAUGCGGACUUGCGGUCUCGCAGAGACACGCGGUACCUCGUCAGUUGAUCGUGAAACCACCCGAAGAGCAGAUUACGAUCUCUGAAAGGAGGAAGGCGAAUAUUCCCUCUCACGCACAGCAAUUCGUAGAUACUCCCGAAAAGGCGGAACUCGAUUCUACCGUGAAGUCUAUCGGAAGUGUAUCGGAAUGUUUGCUUAAUCGCGCGCGUAACGAGAGAAGUCCUGGAGGAACCUUGAACUCAACCAUCGAGGCGAAUGAUCCCGAUAACACCCGGAAAGAUUCAGUCAUUGAGGUAGAAAUUGUCGAGAGAAACUCGGAGAGGCCGGCCGUCAACGCAGAAGUCCCCGGGAAAAUCUUGAACAUCGUCGUCACGGACCUCGACUAUUCGUCCGCUUUGAAGGUGCCCCGCGAUCCUGAAGCUUCGAACAAUCAACGAGUGAGACAGAAGGAUCCGCCGAAGUCUUCCGCCGGUCGUAAAAAUCAUCGACCGGGCAAUCCUGCGUGUCCGCCGUUCAAACGACCACAGUCCACGGACGGUGGCAGAAUGAAGCUGAAAAUGAGGCUGAUUCGCAUUCGCGACAAAUUCGUGCUCGCGCUGAGCGCAUUCGCCAUCCUAUUCACGCUGUUGCUCGUGAUGGAUCUGCAGAUGGAUCUGGGCUACAGCGGCCACCAUUUGGUGGCGAGUCAUGCGCGCGUCAAGCUGGGCGACCGGCCGGACGCCGACACGGUCUACAACAACUUCCGGCGAAAAUUUCUUCAGCGGAUGAACGGAAGUCGCGAACAGGCGGACGCGACGCCGGGUGUCGUCGAAAAAUCCGGCAGGUCGGACACGACGCCACCGACAUCGCCGUCGUCGUCGACUGCGAGGAAGCAGGACGAGUUUCCGGAUCUGGUCAACCUGGUGGUGAACGGCUAUGGGAUAAACGUCGACGAGGGAGUAGCGAGGAUCAGCGGCGAGGACCACGAUUACAACCCGACGAUCGGCGAGCUGCGGAAGGUGGUAUCCAGGAAAAACAGCACGACCUUGAAGAAAUUUCAUCUACAGAUCUCCAGGUUAGAGUUAUACCCCGAGGACUCGAAGUACGUGGACCAGUUGCUGUACGAGAUGGCGACCAAGCCGAUCUUGCACGUCGUUCAGAAGGACGGUGGCACGCAGUUGAAGCUGAUAAUUGAUUACGGCGACAACAUGCAGGCGCUAUUUAAGCCGAUGCGAUUUCCGCGGGAGCAGCAGACUCUGCCGAAUCACUUCUACUUUACGGACUUCGAGAGGCACACCGCCGAGAUCGCGUCCUUCCACCUGGACAGGCUGCUGGGCUUUCGCAGGGCGAUGCCGGUGAGCGGCCGGACGCUCAACGUCACCACGGAGAUCUAUCAGAUCGCCGAUGGCGAGCUGCUGAAAACGUUCUUUGUCAGUCCCGCUGGCAACCUGUGCUUCCACGGCAAGUGCAGCUAUUACUGCGACACGGCGCAUGCCGUGUGCGGCACGCCCGACAGUCUCGAAGGCAGCUUCGCCGCUUUCCUGCCUGACAAGAUCCUCGCCACCCGGAAAGCCUGGCGGCAUCCUUGGCGCCGAAGCUAUCACAAGCGGAAGAAAGCUCAAUGGGAACACGAUUCCGACUACUGUUCGCUCGUGAGAGAAAUCUCGCCAUACGACGAAGGUCGGCGGCUGCUCGACCUCAUGGACAUGGCGGUAUUUGACUUCCUCACGGGCAACAUGGACCGCCAUCAUUACGAGACGUUCCGGCUUUUCGGCAACGACAGUUUCACGCUGCACCUGGACCACGGGCGCGGCUUCGGCAAGCCGUUCCACGACGAAACGUCCAUCCUGGCGCCGCUUCUGCAAUGCUGCAUCAUCAGGCAGAGCACGCUCGCCAUUUUACUACGUUUCCACAACGGGCCUACGCGGCUGAGCGCGGCUAUGCGACAAAGUAUGGCGAAGGACCCCGUGGCUCCAGUCCUCUGGGAACCCCACCUGGACGCGCUCGAUCGCCGGAUAGGCAUCAUUCUGCAGGCCGUUCGCGACUGUAUCGCCCGCGAGAAUUCCGCGCAGGUCGUGCAGAGCAACGACAAAACGGACUCGAAGUUAUAGCCUUCGGCCGCGAUCUAGGAAUCGGUAGUUUCAAAAGACCUAGACUCGGCUUGGGACAAUAUAAGAGGCGGUGCUGCGUCGGGAAGUCCCAAGGAGGAAGCGGAAAGACGUUCCGAACGAGUGUUCCGGUGAGAAUUAAUUUCUUUCCUCUCCCGAUGCCGAAAAAUCACGGUUAAUUGAACGAGAGGAGAAUUGAACUUGCUUCUUCUACGCUCGACUGCGAGUCGAUUGCGUGUAAAUUGUGAUUAUAAUUAAUCCAGCUAAAAUUCGCAUUCCUUCGUUUGUGAUGGUGAAUCAGCGUAAAAAUUACAUUGUUGCGAUUUCGAUUAAAUCAGGCAGAAAUUUCUUCCACUUAAGUACGUAAGUUGAUGCUAAAAUCGCGUUUGAGACGUCCCGAGGAGGGAGAAAGACUAUUACCGUACACUCCCUUAGAUGGUCUGGAAUUAAUUAAUUAAUUUGCCGGUUAUCGUAUUUGCUGCCACAUGUGAUCGAAUCGGUAAUUUAAGACGUAGACGUUAAGUUGAAACGAAAUAUUGCUCAGCGAACUACCAAAAAACGACGAGAAAAUUUAUAAUAGUUUAAACUAAUAUUCCUUAUGCGUCUCUUUUUUUUUACAAAAGGGAUUACAGUUAUUGUUUUAUUGCAGCUCGAUAUUGAUAUUAAAAUGCGAUCUGAUCUUUAAUGCAUAAUUAAGAAUGAUAUGCCGGAUCAUCAUUAAUGUGCAAUUAAUUUGUAAUAAUUUCCAAUAACUUACAUUGAAUUAUUAUUAUUGAUAUGUUUAUGAGUAAUGAAGCAAUCUGAUACAAUUUAAAAUAAUUUGACUAAUAAUCUUGUAAUCAAUGAUCAUUUUCCAAGUGUAGCUUACGAAACGAAAAGAUGUUCAAAAGACAUUGUCGAUUGUCAUUCUCACUUUUGAUAAAUAAACUUUCAAUGUACAAAGAGGCUGCUGUACAUACUAUAUGUAUAAAUGAACCUAUAAGUAUAAACAAUUUAGUCACUUAUAGAUAUAUUACAUGAUAUAAAUGUAUAUUUAUUGCGACUUGGUGAUAAUCAAAAAACCACAAGUUGUCAGCGGAUACAAUAAAUGUUAAUGUAAAUAAAUAAAUAACGAUUUCAUUAACCCAUUAACGGCCAAUCUUUGACGGGAAUAGAAAUUUUAUCGUUAUAACAUUUGUUGGGAUAUAGUUAUUUUAACGGUAAAGAUAAUCUACUUUGAAAAUUUUCAAAAUUUUAUCAUUUGUUGCAUUAAUUAUAAAAAGAUAAUUUUAGUAAUAAAAAUAAUCUACCUCUUGAAACUCUUUUCAAGGUUUUUUUCGUUAUUAUAUUUAUUAAAGUAAAAAAUUACUUUGAUAAUAUAAAUAACAUACCUCUUGCAAAGUGUUAGUAAAUUAAAUAUUAUAUUUAUUAGUACAUUACACACACAACUUUGUGUUAUAUAUAUAUAACGUUCGUCGAAAUUUUUUUAUUUAACUUUCAAAGUUAAAUGAAUUAUUAAUUGUUUCAAAUAAUUCUAGUAUAAAUACAGAAAUUAUUGACUUGGUAUGCGAAACUUAGAAAAAAAAUGUAAGAAUAAUUGUUUCAAAAUGAAAGUUCUUACAUGGCUUUUAAAGGGUUAAGAAUAAAACAUGAUAAAUUUCUGUAAAUAUCUAUAAAAAAACGCAAGUUUUUGCGAGCGCGCAAACUGAUGGAUUUAAGCAAAAAUUGUGCGUGUGAAUGCGCGUGUGUAUGUAAGACUUGCUUGCGUGUGAAGACGAGCGCAAGGGAGCUUUUGUAAAAGAAUGCUUUUACUACGCAUGUUUUACGUUCCUCGAGUGCAUUUCCAUGCAUCGAAAGAGGUAAACGCAUCCGAAGGGAUGUACCGGAAAGGAAAAUAAGAUGAACUGCAAUCUGA